AUCAUUAGUUGUGAUGUUCAGUCUCCACAGUUUCUGUUUUAUUUGUAAGUGAGUUACAGAUAUGGAUAUUAAUGCGUAACAUUUAACGGAAUCGUAUACCUAGACCUGUAUAAACUUUCUGGUUGGUAGACGAUGUAUUAGUCAAGGUGUUUGCCGCUGUACAUGACCAGAUAUGGGAUUUUACCGGUACCUGCUGGUCAUCUGGUCAGUUAUAACAAUAUUGACGGUGGUCAAUGCAUCAGUAAACAUCGCCCUUCGUAAAGCGACAAAUCAAAGUUCUAUCUACAGGAGAUUGGGCAGCUCUAAAGCCGUAGACGGAUGUGCCAGCACGUACAUGAACUCCUACUGCUGUAUACUCACGGCAGCAGGACAGACCGAGGCCUGGUGGCAGGUAGAUCUACAGACACAGUCCGUCAUAGACACCGUGGAUAUCACAUAUAGAGAUCAGGACACACUAAGAAGACUCGCCGGAUACGAGAUGUACCUGUCUAACAAAAUAGACUGGACAUCAGGAAACAGGUGUUACAAGGACACCACAGCUGACUUGGCGUUCAUGUCUCCGAUACAAUACGUUACAUGUAAAGGUGUUGCCCGGUAUCUGACCAUCUACACUGACCGUCGAUUAAAAGCAAAACCGUGGUACUCGGAUUAUGCUAUACUGGAACUGUGUGAAGUACAAGUUUUUGGUUGUCAAGUUGGCAAGUACGGGAAUGGAAAUUGCGAUAAAGACUGCAGCCUCGGUAAUAUAUGUCACCCCGCAUCUGGGACAUGUGACGAUUGCGCUGCUGGAUAUUAUACCGUUGACGGAAGUUGCAUUCCUUGUCCAGUUAAUUGUGAGGGAAAUACAUGUGACAGUAUUAAUGGAGAUUGUUCAGCCGGCUGCAUGACGGGAUUUUCAGGCAUAUGGUGCAGAUGUCCAGUAAGCUGUAAGGACGCUAGCUGUUCUACUGGCCAGUGUACAGAGUGUUACGAUGGAUACUACGGACAAGCAUGUACACCAUGUCCUAGUGGCUGUAGCACUGACACUUGUGACAAAACGUCAGGACAGUGUGUUCAAUGUGAUGAUGGCUUACAUGGCAGAUUCUGUCGCCAGCCGUGUCCUGCUAACUGUAAACACAACGUUUGUACCAAGGACAAUGGUCAUUGCAUAGAAUGUGAUGCUGGAUUCUAUGGCAGUUUUUGUCGCCAACCUUGCUCAGUUAACUGUAACAACGUCUGUAACAAGGACAAUGGUCUUUGCAUAGACUGUAAUGACGGAUACUACGGACCAGCCUGUACACCAUGUCCUAGUGGCUGUAGCACUAACACUUGUGAUAAAACGUCAGGACAUUGUUUUCACUGUAACGACGGAUACUACGGACCAGCCUGUACACCAUGUCCUAAUGGCUGCAGCACUAAAACUUGUGACAAAACGUCAGGACAUUGUUUUCACUGUAACGACGGAUACUAUGGACCAGCCUGUACACCAUGUCCUAGUGGCUGUAGCACUAACACUUGUGACAAAACGUCAGGACAUUGUGUUCAAUGUGAUACUGGAUUCUAUGGCAGUUUUUGUCGCAAACCUUGCUCUGUUAACUGUAAAAACAACGUCUGUAACAAGGACAAUGGUCUUUGCAUAGAAUGUGAUGAUGGCUUACAUGGCAGUGUCUGUCGCCAGCCUUGUCCUGCUAACUGUAAACACAACGUUUGUACCAAGGACCAUGGCCAUUGCAAAGAAUGCGACAUUGGGUUCUACGGUAAUUGCAACCUGCCUUGCCCUGUUCACUGUAAAAACAACGUUUGUAACAAGGACAACGGUCAGUGCACAGUUGUUAUAGUAAUGGAUAAGGAUGCUGCAGUCGGGGUAGGCGUCGGAUCUGGAGUAGUUGUACUGGCUCUGGUCGUCGUGAUCAUAGCACUGGUCAGACGUCUGACAGAUAUUUCGUCGUCGAGAACUGCAAAUGAGCUAAAUAUAGACCAAGAUGAUAACAACGAAGACAUAGCAACUCACAACCAGGAACAAAGCAUCGUGCAGAUCUCCGACACAGAGACUGCAAACGUUGACAGGAAAACUUAAGACGAUGCACCUUGUAAACUGGACAGUUGCACCAAAAUGUUCCCGUACCACUUAAAGAAGAUGGCGAACAUUUUCAUUUUGUUUUGUUUGAAUGAGUUCGGCUCAUUUUUUAUCAGAAUAUGAAUAUUAAUAAAGUUGAACUAUUAAUAUGAAGAGUUCACAGAGCACUGAACAAUAUAACAAUGUUUGAUAAGAGUCACUACAAGGGGCUGAUUACAAUCACGAGGCUUCCAUGUUUAUAUAGACAGAGAGUAAUGUGUUAAACCAUAUCUGUAUUUUUGGGGCCAAAAGAAGUUUAUUCGACGCUUUAAUACAAUAAGCAGGUUUUAGACUGCAGUUUUUUAUAAUUAUUUUCGUGAAAUAUUUCACCAUCACAAUAAUUAGGUUGCUCGGUAUAACAAGGCUUUGGACACUUAUAUGCAGGGUAAGUUAUAUGUUGACAAUUAUCCAGUAUCUGAGCAACUAUUUUUUUGGAGUAAUCGUGAUUGUGAUGAACCUCGAACCUGGAAACAAUUGAAACAAAAUAUGUGCAUAACAUAAACCUUCAGUUAUAUUGAGGUAUGUGUAUCACUUGC